GAUUGGUCCAAUUUCUUGUAAAGUAUUAAGAAUUAUUCUUCCCUUUCAUUUUAAUUGAUGUUAAGAAAUCAUUCGAACUAUUUAGGAGAACCUUUUGAAGUUCUUAGAGGACAAGAGUGCGUACAAACGCAAUGGAGAGGGUUGAAGCUGAUAAAACUUCUUCUGAAGACGGGAGUCAACUCAACAGGAAUAGAAGCUUCAAGUCCAAACAACUCGUACGCAGCCAGGCGAUACGUGAAUCCCAAUCCCCGCCUCGCACCAUCUCCCCCUCUCCGAUCACGCCCGCACUCGAGGAGCAAGUUACCAAGAAUAAUGUUGCGAAUAAUGCACCAAUUGAGAGGAGCGACUGCCACAGCGAUGAGUGCGAGGAGAAGAAACAGCAGGUUGAAAUACAGAUAACCAGCGGCACUUGGGAGGGAUCGACGGAUGCGAGCGAGCAACGUCAGCGUGCGCGCAGGUGGCUUGGACACAAACAUCACUCGGACUCCUCUCGCGAUCUCCUCUCCAACAACCCGCGCGUCUCUUGUGUGUGCGGCGCAUGCGCCAACUGUCCGCACUGCAGAGGUCGCAGGCGGAGACAUAUAUGUGCAAUAAAACAAGACUCUGGCAUUGCAUGUUCUGAAGAUUGUCCGGACUGCACCGACACGGAAAAUACAGGUUCCGAUGGUUAUCGAAAAACGGAAAGCGUCGAAAUUGAUGAGCAAAUAUACUACUGCAGAUGUCCGGAGCGCAAAGACAAACCAAAGAGUAUGUCUCUGAGUCGGACAGAAUCGGACGAUAGAUCUGAACCGACUGGACCCGAACUGGUGAACUUCAUCAAGGAGACACUGAAUAAAAACGCCAGAGAUAGAAUGACUCUACUCAAGAUAGAGAAAGAACUGCACGCAUUAGUCAACGAUACAGGGCGGUGUAUAGUGCGGUUUCCUGUGAUGACGUCCUACGGUCGAAUGCUGGUGCACCGGUGCGCGGCGCUGUUCCAGUUGUCGCACCACCUCGACCAGCACAACAAGACCUCCGUGCUGGUCUCCAAGAGCGGUACUAGCGGCGGACGGAUCCCGUGCACUAGUUUCAAACAAUGGUGCACAACUACGUUCCCACCCAGCCCGCAUAGAUCAAUACUGAAAAGAGACACAAAUUCGUUAGACGAGCCCGGCUCAGGAGCCUCUUCUAACUCCAGGAGCAAAUCAUUAGAGCAAAGGGAGAGGGAAUACGAGCGAAUGAAAAGGAGAAUAUUCACAGAGGAUAGUUCUCAAGACGAGUCCCAGUGGCCAUGGUUGAAUUCUGGACCGGUGAAACUGCUGACUCCAGAGAAUAGCAGAAAUAAACUCGUCAAGGUUCAAUCGUUAGAGAGUAGUGCAGCCCCCGGCAAUACUCGGGGCGCGGUCUCCAAGAGUCACAGCUUCGGCGGAUACGGCGGGCGAGACAAUACUCAUCCGCGACUACUCAGCAGACAAGGUGAUCUGGCGUCUAGCAGCUGGCGGCUAUCCCCCUCUAGCUCGGGGUACAAGACCCUCAGCCUCAGGAGCACGGACUCUGUCACACCAUCACCUACCGGCGGUGGCAGCCCUGAACCGUGCGCCGUGUCCGGCGGCGUGGUGUGCGCCGUUACGGAUAUCACGUCGGUACCGUACGGCGCACUCGUCAUCAACCCACAGACGGGACGUCCUCUCACCAAUCCGGAUGGCAGCCUGUAUCACUUCGAUCCCGCCAACCCGCCUAUAAUGUACGAUCCCGCGCACUAUCCCGACGAGAAGAAAGAUCAAAAUAUGGAGACAAAACGUGGCAAAUUAGAAAAACAACAUUCAUUUAUCGAUAACGAAUGCGAAUGUCAACCUGCAGACGAAUCGCGCAACAAGACAUGUUGCUGUUCUUGUCGCCGACAUGACGCAUGUCGCAAGAAUACAGACAAGAAUACAACAGAACAAUCUCAUAUUCCACCGAGCCCCAGCAAGAAUCGCUACGAACAUACAAACAUACAGACAGAUACUAAUAAUAUUAGUUAUAACGACGAGACCAAUGAGUUAAAGCAAACAACAGAUGAAAUUCAAUAUAACCACAACUCAAAAACGCAUUCCGAGAACUACGAAAACAACUACGAUAGAUUCGAAACGAAUCUGAGGCAAGAUUACGAGCAGCCGACCAAUCAGAGGCCAGUUUAUGAACAACCGACCAAUCAGAGCCAGGAUAAUCAGAAAGUGGGAAAGUUGAUAAGUCAGGACAAUCAAGAUUUAUAUAAUAAGCAUGCGUAUGGACAUGCGAAAACUGACGAGGUGGCGUCACCGCCGAUUACAUCACAACACAGCAUCCACAACUACCCGCAACAAGAGACGAGUGUCCAUUCUAUGGCGCAAGCCAAAGCCACCCCUGUACCUAUGCCGGAUCCACAUACACGUCCACUGUCACUCACGAAUAUGUCUUAUCCUACUAUACAACAAAGCUAUCCUUACAUCAACCAAUUUAGAGUGGAACAACCGUUACAGCCGGUAUACCACCCCCAUAGUAUGUUACAUACUACAGAAGAACACAAGGUCAACACCACAACUCAACAAGAGCCCACUUUCAGGAUAGAUCCAAGUUAUCCGUAUGCGGCGGUUGAUUUCGCCUCCCAGUGCGGCGCUUGCGUCGAUCCAAACACUAUGAGAAGCUACAGUUUACCAUACGGACAAGUGGAAGUACCUCAAGCUGUGUUACCAACAUACCCAGUCAACAAUGUUAUGUUGCCGCAACAUCAUAUACAACACUAUCCGUAUCAGGAUGCAGUCCAAUGGCAGGCGCCUCCUAUGAUGCCGAUGCAACCGAAACUGGUUGUACCCGAGUUGUACCCCGUGUACCCUAACAUGUACCAGUACAAUGUAUUGUACCCUCAGGUUAUACCACAGCCUUUUCCGAUGUGUCAACCGAUGUAUAGUGUUGUUGAAAAACCUCCGUCGAGGAGCAACAGUGUCGCGAGCGCUAACGCGAGCGUGCACGCGAAUAUGCACGCGAACACGCCCACAAACAUGUAUGCCACCGCGCACGCUGAACACAAUGCAGACAACCGCGCCGCCUCCACGCAUAGCAACGAUAAUAGCAUGACGGCCAGAAGAAAUUCCAACGAAAUAGCGGCUAAAAUACAACAGAUCAAAGAUCAAAUGGCCCAAUUAAACACGAGGGAAAGGGACAGAAGCAAACGCAACGAAGAUUGGAAGAGACGGAACAACGGUAACGGUAUACUGGGCAGUUAUCCAGCCAAUACUGUGAACGGCAGAGUUGAUAGGCUGCAAGGACAAUCAUCAAAUGAUGAGACGCAACUAAGUUCUGCUGCGCGUGCAAUAGUCAACUCUAUACGAAACAUGCAAGCGCACAACAACUAUCAAGACAGACGCGAGUGUCAAUACCGCGCUGACCGACCUGAAUACCGUAGGCGAGACAGGGACGGUGAGAGAUUAGAACGGGACAACAAACCCACCGGUGACCGAAACCGGAAUUUCCAGUUGCAAUACCGCCCGCCAUACUUACUUAGACAAAUGUCACCGAGCACUUGGUGUAGACGAUCACCGGGUCCAGUUCAUCCGGUUUUGAAUCAUCCACGCCGGCCAAACCCUGACACCAGGAACGGUAGACGUUAAAACGCACAACGUAUGACAAAUAACUAGAUAUAUAGAUGCAACACGACGGUUGUUUAUACUGCGUUUGUUGAUAAUACAUAAAUAAUACGUAUAUUUUCACAGUUUCUGGAUACGAUUGAUUGGACACCAUAGAAAAUUUAUAUGACUUUUUCAGAAACACAUAGCCAAUAUACAAAAUAUAAUCAUGUAGGGUGAUUAUAUUUUGACAUCCAUGCGCUCUACUUAUUUAAAAUUGAAACUUAAGAUUGGUUAUUAAAGUGCAAAUAUUUUUUUAUUUAAAAAGAUUUCGAUUUUUUGUAUAAUUUAAGAACUACUAAUUUUUACUUUCGUGAUCACGUGAUUAACGGUUUGUAACCGGUUUAAAAGUUAUUUAAUAAAGCAAAUUUACUGACUCAUUAUAAACCUUAUUAUGAAAGCAGAAAGUUUUGAGAAUUAAAAUAUUUUUUUCCGUAUACAGACACAUAAGGUACAUAAUAUUUGUAUGUUGUUAAAGAAAAUUACGUUACGUUAUGUAUAAUAAAUUAAAGUUGCAAUACGAUAUGUAAAUAAACUUGAUUUGUAUGAAAAGGAAAAUAUUUACUUAAUCUUUACAUGAAUACUUACAAUCCUUAUUCUCUUUGUAAUAACAAUCACAAAAUGUACAAUCUGGAAAUAACGCAAACACCGAUAUUAACGCCAUCUAUCGUUGACACCUAGGACCAAAUAACGCCAUCUACCGACGUGGUUAUAAAACAUUUUGACUUUUUUACUUUCAUUGUGCUAAAUAGCAUAAAGAGUCGUAGGGAGCCGCUUCGCGCCGAGAUCUCACUCUGAACUCGAAACUAGUCAUUUUUUUAAUAAAUAAAGUGCAACCUAUAAGGUAGUAGUGAUAUCUUCUAUUUUACUAUAAAUAAUUUAGAUUGUGCGCUAGUGUCGCCUCCCCGCGCCUUAAAACGGAUGUGAAGUCGAAGUGUCUUUUUAAAUAUUAUUUAAAAAAUAAUAGUCAAUGUUUUAAGUUAGUUUUCGUUUAGUUUUAUAAGCUAAGUUAAAUGUGUAUUCGGAAAGAAAACUUAAACAUAACAUUUAAAUGACAUU